AUGACGGUCUUGACAGAUGAGCCGAACUGUCAGCAGGAUCCGGAGAGCGUCUUCUAUGUGCAUGCAGGCAAUGGCUGGGGAUCGUUUCCGGAGGCGGUGGCGAUGGGUCACGAGCAGAAGGGCCAUACAGGCGCCGCACCAAAGAUUUACGUGGGCUCCUUCGAAAAAGGCGAUCAGAAGGAUGGCGACAGGAACUUUCGACUCCGGAGCCGGGGCUGCGAUCCUGCCUGGGUUCGCGUGGAGGUUGGCAAAGAGUUCUUGCUUGGGGACCCCUUGGUGCACGGACACUUCGAGCAGUGCUGGGGGGCCCUCAUCAGGACCGCGGAGCGGCCGCCGCAGCGUGCCCCGAGGUUCGGGAGUCCCUGGCCGUGCGAGGAGGAGGUGAGCCCUCGACAGUGGCUCGAGAGAGCGGGCUUUGCCGUCUUCCUGAGAGCGAUCGGCGCCGCAGAGCGGGGUGUGGCGGUGCCGGGAACACCGGAGGAGCUACGUCGGCGGUGUGGGGUUGUGGCGGUGGAGGACGAUGGCUUCUGUGGGUUCUGGUGCCUGGCCUACCUCCUCGGCACGGGCCUGGACCGGGCCUUGCAAAGGGUCGUUGAGGAGUUGGACUCCCUGCAUUUGGCGGCCGGGGAGGCGCGGGCGGCCGGCCGGCGUCCCGCGGCCGAGGAGCGGACGUGGGAACGCCUGUGGAACAUCGCAGACAUCAAGCUGCGAUGCCUGAAGGGCGGCAUCCGCGGAUCGCACCUGGACUUGGUGUCCAACGAGCUUCAAGCUCGGGGGAUCCAGGACACCAACUGCUUCCUGACACACUCCGAGCUCUCGCUCCUCUGCGCCAAGCUCUGCAGACGCUGGACCCCUGUCGUGGAGGUCACGCCGGACUUCCAUGCCUCAGAGGAGACGGGGGACCACACUAUGUUGGCGCUGGCAGCUUCGGGGCUACCCGCAGUGGACCAGGUGAACCUGGACGUUUCCGAUGUAGCUCGGCCUAAAGAAGCAACUGCCGCUGCGACUACAGGUUUUCAAUCAGAAACAGACACAUAA